AUGGUGUUGGAGGGUUUGAUGGUGUUGGAGGGUUUGAUGGUGUUGGAGGGUUUGAUGGUGUUGGAGGGUUUGAUGGUGUUGGGAGGUUUGAUGGUGUUGGGGGGUUUGAUGGUGUUGGAGGGUUUGAUGGUGUUGGGGGGUUUGAUGGUGUUGGGGGGUUUGAUGGUGUUGGAGGGUUGGAUGGUGUUGGGAGCCGUGGUCAGCAGUGGUGUGGUCAGCCGUGGUCAGCCGUGGUCAGCCGUGGUGUGGUCAGCAGUGGUCAGCCGUGGUGUGGUCAGCAGUGGUGUGGUCAGCCGUGGUCAGCCGUGGUCAGCCGUGGUGUGGUACGGAGACAUGGUUCCCAAGACGAUCGCAGGAAAGAUCUUUGGCUCGAUCUGCUCCCUCAGUGGGGUCCUGGUCAUCGCGCUGCCUGUUCCCGUCAUCGUGUCCAACUUCAGCCGCAUCUAUCACCAGAACCAGCGCACAGACAAGCGCCGGGCUCAGAAGAAAGCUCGACUGACCCGGAUCCGAGUGGCCAAGUCCGGGAGCGCCAAUGCUUUCCUCCAGAGUAAACGCAACGGCCUCCUGAACCAACUGCUGGAGCUGACGGGGACUGAAGAGGACGAGCAGAGGCUGAUCCGAGCGACGUCUACGUUACAGAGUCAACACCACCACCUGCUGCACUGUCUGGAGAAAACCACUGCUCGUGAGUUUGUGGAGGAGCACGUGUUUGAGCAGCACUGUUUGGAGACGGCGCUGCAGAAUUACCCGUCCCACAGUCCGUCCCUGGGCUCCGAGGACAGCGGGACGUUCUGCUGCUGUGGACGCAGGACCAGGAACCCUCUGGCCCCCAGCAGCGACACUGUGUCCACACGGGGCCCUCUCCAGGAGCUCAGUGCCCUCCACAUACAGAGCAGCCACUUCAACCUCCACCCCACCAGUCGCUCCAACCUGAACCUCCGAACAGACGACAGCAGCAGGAUUAACUGUAAAAAAAGCGGCAGAGUGACCACAGCGAUAAUCAGCCUGCCCUCGCCUCCCUCGCUGCACCACCACAGCCCCCCGCAGAGACGACCCCCCAUGGUCACGCCCAGCAUCCACACCACCGCAAGCUCCACCCCCACCAGCAUCAUCAAGGUGUCGGCGCUUUGA